AUGUUUGGUGGGGCCGGGUUUCUGGAGCUUGGAGUAUUGGAGCUAGAGGUGCUGCUUGUGCUGGAGCUACUGGAGCUGCUGGUGCUGGAGGUAUUGGAACUAGAGCUAGAGGUGCUGGAGGUGCUAGAGCUGCUAGUACUCGAGGUACUGGAGCCGGAGGUGCUGGAGGUACUGGCACUGCUGGUGCUCGAGGUGCAGGAGCUGCUCGAGCUGGAGGUGCUAGAGCUGCUGGUGCUAGAGGUACUGGAGCUGCUAGUGCUGGAGGUGCUGGUGCUGGAGUUGCUGUAG